CGGGGCCGGGACCCACCGGGAGCCACCGGGAGCCACCGGAGCCGCCGCCGCCGCCCGUUAUGGAACCCAACAGCCCCCGUAAGAUCCAGUUCACGGUGCCGCUGCUGGAGCCGCACCUGGACCCGGAGGCGGCCGAGCAGAUCCGAAGGCGCCGACCGACCCCUGCCAACCUGGUGCUGAGCAGUGACCAGUCAUCCCCAGAGAUCGAUGAGGACCGGCUGCCCAACCCCUUGCUCAAGUCAGGCCUGGCCAUGUCCCCCCGGCAGAGGAAGAAGGUUUCCCGCAGCACCCCCACCAUGAAAGAGCUGCAGAUGAUGGUGGAGCAUCACCUCUGCAAGCAGGAGCCAGGGGAGGAAGAGGAGGAGGAGGAGGAAGGAGCCCCCCAUUGUCGGGGGGGGGACGGCAGCGCCAGCCCCAAGCACCAAGGGGAUCCCGGCCCUGGGACCCCCGGGGAUGGGAGACGGAGCCAGGCCAAGGAGGGCACCCACAGAGCACCAAAGGAAGGCACCGGGAAAGGGGCUGCAGGAGGCCAGUAGGUGAGUGCUGGGCAA